AUGGCUCGGAAAUUCGAUGCCAGCUCACCAAGCGCUGAGGGCGAGUUGCGCAUCCGACUCGACACGACCUACCUCGAGCUACCACGGCCGACGCUCGGCUCUGUGCGGCGCUCCUACGAGGGCAUAAACGCGCUCGCGCUCCUGGCGUCGGAGCGCCAUCCCGACGCCGUCAGGCCCAAGCACGCGCACUGGACGAUCGCGCCCGCGGCGGCCGCCGACGCUGAUGUCGACAUUCUCUCCGUGCAGAAGACGCAGCAGUGGGAGACUCCUCUCCCGGUCUGGGAGUACGUGUCUGCUCGAUGGGCAGUGGACUUUGACGCGUGCGCGUCGCCGAUCAAUGCGCUCGCGCCGCGGUACUCCACAGUUGACGACGACUUCCUUGCGCGCGAGGACUUAAAGGACAUCACCAUCUACUGCAACCCGCCGUACGCGCUCGACCGGUACGGCACCGGAAGCUGCGCCGCCAUCGAGCCGUUCGUGCGCAGACUGGUCGAGCUGGCGAGCACGCGAGGCUGCACCUGCAUCGCGCUCGUCCCGGUGCUCUCGCACCAGUCGUGGUUUCACACCUGCGUUACGGGCGCGGCGAGUGGCGGGCGCGCGGCUCACGAGAUCCACUGGGUGCAGGGGCUGCUCAAAUGGAACAACCCGUUCCAUGAGAGGGAGCCCGCGUCGCCCUACAUCUAUCCGUUUGCACUCUGUGUGUGGCGGCCGGGGGCGCCGCCUGAUCUGGGCGACUCGCAGUAUGGCUCGUGCGACGCGCAUGAGUACGUUAUGCAUUUUACUUGA